UCUUUACAGUGGAAAUUAAUCUAAAAUAGUAUGUAAGGGAGGACUUUAUCUUUUUUAAAUUGUCAAAUAUAUCCAAAUUGCUGGAAUAUAGUGGAUUAAAACAUCCUGCUGCCCUGUUAUGAGAACUGGAAUUCACGAUUCACAGUCUGACCGAUACAGUGAUGUGUUGCAUUUUUUUUAGCAGUGUUGUACUUCAAGCCUGUCUUGUUGGAGGAUUUUUCCUAAUGGAAGGUUUAGGUCUUGAAGAUGACUUGGUUAGAAGAUGUACAGAGAAUGAGUUUGUGUUUUUUUGACUACUGAGUUUGCGUGGCUUUGGAAAGCAGCACGUCUGAUUGCUAAUCCUGAUAUGAAGACCUCGGGGAACAGCCACGUCCGUGGGAUAUUAUCUUGUGCUUUCUACCUGCCACUGGUAGUUUCCUUUGAAAAAGUUACCUUCCCAGCAGAGCUGAAGUCAGCUGUAGCUAAAAUUGCAGUCAACGCCACAUCCUGUAGCGUCACCUGCGGGCUGGGCUUCAAACUGGAGGAGAUGUGCGAGAUCACUCCCGCCGGAGAGAGGAGGAAUUGUACCUUGCGCAGGACCGACUGCCUGACCAGCUGGGUAUGCGGCUUUCUCCACUUCACCGUCCCCGUGGGCAAACCCUUCCACCUUAGCUGCCUGACCGUGGACGCAGUCGGCUUUGGUAGCCAAGCCUAUAGCUAUACGUGGAGGCUUGCCCAAGGCCUUAUCACCACAAAGGAUGUACUGUUCAAACCUUUCAAAAACCCCAAUGCAGUUGUCAGGUUUUCCCCUACCAGGGAGUCUGAUGCAGGGACUUACCGAUGUGAUGUGCAGAUGGUGAAGACAUUCAGAGUCAUCAAGAGGGUCUACUUUGGGGUCAGAGUGAUCCAAAAUGACUUAGUGGAUCUGAACUUUCAAAAAUCCUUGACUUGGGAACAGAAGUUAGCAGAAAAUGAGUUGGAAGGAAACACAGAAAACAGCACCUAUGAAGAACUGCAAGAGCAGCAGCACUUCUGGCAAGGAGAAUUGUUUUAUGAAUGCUUGGUAGGACUUGGAAGUGGAGCGACAGGGGGUGUCUUGGUGAGCAUGGCUCUCUACUUCUUACAGAAGACUUUGCGAAGGAAAGCUGCAGAGAAAUGAACUGAGAUUUAAUGCAAUCACUUGUCUCUGUCUAUCAGUAUUGAUGCAGUAUUCCAUGGCAAUGUUUGUCUUUUUUUGUCUGGCUGAUGCAGUUUAUUUUGGUAAGCUAGUACAGAACUGUAGCACCAGAGCUUGAGGCUUACUGGAGUAGUGCAGACAGUAGCUCCAGAUGGGACAAGGCCAUUUGCCUCUGCGUUGCGUGAAAGGGUGGUCUGGAAUGGUCCAGGCAGGAGUUAGGGCACACUGAGCCACAGAAACUGCCCACUGCUUGCUGCUAACUACCUUGCCAUGCUCUUCUAGCUGGCCUUUGUUUUACCUCUAGGUGUUUGGGCUUUUUUUAUUUAGCUGAUAACUGAAUCCCGUCUUAUUUCCUUGAAUUUCUUCUGCUUUGCCCAGAACUCUGUGGUGAUGUGAGCUGACACAGAUCACUGUUUGGUAGGUGGCGUUUCUCCAGCAAGAAGUGCAAAGUAGUAAGAACACUUUCAAGGUGGGCUUACAAACCAGGUUUCCUGGCUGUCUGGUGUCCUUUCCGUCAGAUCCAAGCAGUCUGGUCUCAGCAGCUGUGGGGACAAGGGGUGGACCACCACUGCCUGCUUCCUCUGGAGAGAUUUCUCUCCCUGCACUAGAGCCUGGAUAAAGGAUCUUCAAGCGAUAGCUUGGAGCUUGCCCUGUUUCCUUUGUAGUGUAGAAUAGCAAAGCAGGGAGCAUUGGGUAGCACAAGCACAUCUUCAAUUUGAGUGUGGCUGCUUAGGAACAUAACUGGGUGUCUUUAAUCGUGACUCAGAGCUGAGCUCAUUCCUAAAAUCUUUAAAAGGGGGAAGGAAGGGAAGAGUUCAGUGGGCUUGCAGAUCUUUCAUUUUUCCUGGUGAUUAAUAAGUAUAAAACAUGCAGCAACUCAGUAGGGAGUAUUGUUUCCCCCUUGGUAGCAGAAUCCACAGAGGGACUUAUUAAGUGCCUUCUCUUUCUACUUUCUGUCUCUUAUUUUACA